AUGUCGUUGUUCAUGCCCACCGCGUUCACCCCCAUCGAGUCCUCCAUCGGGGGCUUCCUGGUGGGCCUCAGCGCCUUCAUGGCCUACGCGGUGGACGGGAAGAUCACCGGGAUCUCCGGGAUCAUGGGGCCGUUCCUACGGGGCGUGGCCAAGUGCGAGCCCCUCAAGGACGGCCAGCUCUGGAAGGCUCUGUUCCUCUCGGGCCUGGUGCUCGGUGGCCUUGUGGUGUGGGCCUUCAACAAGGACUUCUCCUUCCCCGCGGCGCCCGCCUACCCGUUCUGGCGCUGGAUUCUGGCAGGCGUCCUGGUGGGUGUCGGCACGCGGAUCGGCAAGGGCUGCACCUCCGGCCACGGCAUCUGCGGCAUGCCCCGCUUCUCCCUGCGCUCCUGGAUUGCAGUGCCAGUUUUCAUGGCUGCGGCGGCCAGUGUGGUGGCGAUCACUCGCCACGGGCUCCAGGAGGAGACAAACAACCUCCUGUACCAGCAACAGGUGGCGGAGCUGAUGUGGCCGCCAAGGUGGGAGUUCCCUGUGGGCGCCCUGGUCACAUCCCUGGCACUGCUGGCGCUGGCGACCCUAUUGCCUCACAAGAUCCGGAGGUUCUUGUCCCCUCUCUUCUCCGGGCUGAUCUUCGCUAUGGGCCUCGGCGCCUCAGGCAUGACCUCCCAGAUGAAGGUGAUCAACUUUUUGGACUUCGCUGGCUACUGGGACCCCUCGCUCGCCUUUGUCAUGGGCCUCGGCAUUUGCGCCUCCUUCCCCGCCUUCUUCCUGGCAGAUCGACCAGGCAAAGAGGGCGCCGCGCGGACGCCGCUGGCGGAGAACUGCACCUUCGAGCGCCCCCCGCGCUUCGGGAACUAUUGGCCGCUCAUCGGAGGCGCGGUCUGCUUCGGCGUGGGCUGGGGCCUGCUGGGCCUCUGCCCGGGGCCAGCCCUGGUAGGCUUCCUCCCGUAUGCCUUAAUGGCCGGGAUUGAUGAGCACGUGCCCAACGUGGGCUUUGCGGGCGCCACGCUGUGCAUCCCAAUCGCCUGGCUGGCCACGGACAAGAUCAUUGCGUACAUGGGCCAGUCGACUGUGGUCAAGGUCGACACACCCAAGGAUCCCCAGAAGGCGACGCCUGAGCCGGUGAAGGACCGGUUAUCGCGAGCGACGGCGCCCAAGCGACGGCAUGAGCACGGCCCGACGGGCCGAGGCCAGGUUCGGCUUCCUGAGCCGGUGUUCUUCGCCUCCAACGAGCGCUGCAUAUCUUCGAGCACCUGCUGGGCGCUGCCGACCCGCUCGGCCCAGCGGCCCCAGCGGGUGAUCAUCGCCUUGCGGCGAAAAACCGGCCUCGCGCGGCGCGGGGAAGCGUUCAACAACUACUUCCAGAAGUCCUAUGCCGCCAGCUGUAGCACCUGCAGCUGGAUGGGCCAUUGCCAACCCUUCAAGGCCGUGGACCUGUCCUGCCCCCGGUGCUCUAAGACCUGGCCAGCCGUGCGCGUGGACGUGGCCGGGAAGUCCUGGCUCGAGUUCCUCGCCGCAGCCUUCUUCUGCGAGACCUGUCAGGCGGAGGUGCAAGCGGUACCCUGUCAGACCAUGAGCUUUUGGUGUGGAGAUGUCAAGUGCCGGAAGGAGCAGGAAGGCCCUGCCACGGUGCGCUGCUACAAGUGCCCAUGGGCAGGUGUUGCCAGUCUCUUGAAGCGGCGUUGA